UUUUCUUCGCCGCUUCCAAUCCCCCCUCUCUCCUCUCCUCUCCUCUCCUCUCUUUGCGUUUCUUCCCUCUCGGCUUCUCCUCCUGUGUUUCCCUCUCUCUUGACGGCGAGCGGCUAUGGCGACGGUGCAGGCGGUGGCCAAAGGGACCCUGGUCUCGCCGUGCGGCAACCGGGCCGCAGGAUUUGGUGCCCGGCGGCGCGGUGCCGUGGCGGCCCGCAUGUCGCCCUGCGCGCCGGCGGCCGUGCGGAUCGGCAGGAAGAGCCCGUUUCUUGGCGCUAGGCUCACGGUCGGUCCCAGGAGAUCCAAGCUCGUUUCCCGGAAUCUAGUCGCCUCACCGGUGCAGAUGAAUCUUGCGUUUGCGAAAUCCACCAAGUGGUGGGAAAAGGGUCUGCAGCCCAACAUGAGGGAGAUUGAGUCCGCUCAGGACCUCGUCGACUCGCUGGCCAACGCCGGCGACAGGCUCGUCGUCGUUGACUUCUUCUCCCCUGGCUGCGGCGGCUGCCGUGCCCUCCACCCCAAGAUUUGCCAGUUUGCGGAACAGAACCCAGAUGUGCUGUUCUUGCAAGUGAACUACGAGGAACACAAAUCGAUGUGCUACAGCCUCCAUGUCCAUGUUCUGCCCUUCUUCAGGUUCUACCGGGGAGCCCAGGGCCGCCUCUGCAGCUUCAGCUGUACUAACGCAACCAUAAAGAAGUUCAGGGAUGCGCUUGCCAAGCACAAUCCGGAUAGGUGUAGCAUUGGCCCAACCAGGGGCCUCGAGGAGUCUGAGCUGCUGGCCUUGGCUGCGAACAAGGACCUGCAGUUCACCUACACGAAGCUGCCAGAAUCAGUUCCGAGUGGAGACUCCGAGGUCAUUGCUCCUGGGAGCCCAAGGCUUCCUCCACCGGCAAAACCAUUGGUGCGGCAGGGCUCCGGAGAGAGGACCUUGGUCUCAUCAGGAAGAUGAGAUCGCGUCCAUUGGUUCUGUACAGUUUCCCGAUUGUUGUUGGUGUGUACAGGUUGUACUUUCUCAUGGUUGUGUAGAGUGCAGGCUUGAUAGAUUUUUACUACUUGUCAAGCCUGCCUGCCCGCCUCUCCGCUAGAAGCGUAGAAGUAGAAGCAGUACUUUAGUAGUAACAGCAAGUAUUGUGGGUAAUCCUCUGCCAGUAAAUUGUAUGGUAGCUGUAUGGGUUAAAUCUGAGUGCCAAUUGGAAUUA